AUGAUCCGGUUUGACUCCGAGGCCCAGGCGCGGCAGUGGCAGCAGGUGCUCGCGCGCGCGGCGGCGCUGAGCGCGCCCUCCGCGCAGCGCAUCCAGCAGCUCCUGGACGACCUGGACACGCUGAGCGCCAGCAACUGCAGCCUCGAGCGGUCCUGCACCAGCCGGGCGGUGCAGCGCGCAGCGGCCGGGAGCCCCCCGGCGGCGCCCGGGGCGCCGCCCGCCGCGGCGGCGCCCGCCGCGGCGGCGCCGCGGCCGCGGUCGCCGGCCCGGCUGGAGAAGCUGCGGCAGUCCGGGGAGGCUCGGCUCCUGGGCCUCCCACCCCUGGCCCUCGAGUCCGCGCCGGCCUUCCCAGAGCCCGCCGGGGCCCCGCCGGCAGGGAGCGCCGGCGGCUGA